AUGCAGUGGUCAGGCCUUUGGAGGCUAACACUCGGUUCUGGUCCUGGCCCUGGUCUUAACUCUGGUUCUGGACCUUGUUCUAAUUUUGGCCCAAUUUUAAAGCUGGUCUGUGUCUGUAGGUUCGACAUUCCCGAGCCAGCGCCAGCCGAAUCGGACCCGAUGGACGGGUUGGAGCAGCUACUCAGCGCCGACCUCAAGCGGUUCCGUAAAGAGUUUGUUCAGCCGGUCCAGCUCAGGGUUCUGAACGUGUGCCGCCACUGGGUGGAGCAUCACUUCUACGACUUCGAACGAGACCCGGGUCUGCUGAGUCGACUGGAGGACUUCAUCGCUUCGGUCAGAGGGAAGGCCAUGAGGAAAUGGGUGGAGUCCAUCACUAAGAUCAUCCAAAGGAAGCAGCAGGUGCAGGUGAGCCAGGUGAGCCCCCCCCCCAGCAUCACCUUCCAGAACUCUCCCCCCCCCAUCGAGUGGCACCUCUGCAGGCAAGGAGCCGUUGAGACCUUUGACCUCAUGACCCUUCACCCCAUCGAGGUCGCCCGUCAGCUGACGCUGCUCGAGUCUGACUUCUACAGGGCAGUGCGUCCGUCUGAGCUGGUGGGCAGUGUCUGGACCAAGGAGGACAAGGAGCUGCACUCGCCCAACCUGCUGAGGAUGAUCCGGCACACCACCAACCUCACACUGUGGCUGGAGAAGUGCAUUGUUGAGACGGAGAACCUGGAAGAGCGGGUUGCCGUGGUUUCUCGGAUCAUCGAGAUCUUGCAGGUUUUCCAGGAGCUGAAUAAUUUCAACGGCGUUCUGGAAGUGGUCAGCGCCAUGAACUCCUCACCUGUCUAUAGACUGGACCACACUUUCGAGCAAAUCCCGAGUCGCCAGAGGAAGAUCCUGGAAGAAGCUCAUGAGCUGAGUGAAGAUCACUACAAGAAAUACCUGGCCAAGCUGCGCUCCAUCAAUCCGCCCUGCGUCCCGUUCUUUGGGAUCUAUCUGACCAACAUCCUGAAGACGGAGGAGGGAAACCCGGACUUCCUGCGGCGACACGGCAAAGACCUGAUCAACUUCAGCAAGAGGCGGAAAGUGGCAGAGAUCACUGGAGAGAUCCAACAGUACCAGAACCAGCCUUACUGCCUGAGCGUGGAGCCUGACAUCAGGAAGUUCUUGGAGAACCUGAACCCGAUGGAGGACAUGUCCGAGAAGGACUUUGCUGAUCAUCUCUUCAACAAGUCCUUGGAGAUCGAACCUCGAAACACGCGGUCAUUGCCUCGUUUCGUGAAGCGGUACAGCUGUCCUCUGAAGUCCCCGGGGAUCAGACCCACGUCAGCAAGGGUCAGCACCAUGAGACACCCGACCCCACUGCAGAACGAGCCCAGGAAGAUCAGCUACAACCGGGUCACCGACAGCGAGUCCGAAGGCGGCGUCAUCUCUGCUCCCAACUCCCCCCGCACGCCGCUGACUCCGCCCCCAGCCUCCGCCGCGUCCAGCUCCACAGAUGUGGGCAGCGUGUUCGACUCGCCUCAGGGUCCAAGCAGCCCCUUCCACUCAACCUGCGACAGCAUAUUUGCUGUAAUCUCUCUGCCUCACGGCCCACGGUCGUCCUCCGUUUCUUCAAUGGUGAGCUUCAGUCGGACAGCAGAGGACACUGCCGUCCCGCCUCCAGUUCCGCCACGCAGACGACCUGAAUCGGCUCCUUCUGAGUCCUCCCCCUCCAAGAUCCAGUCAGCGUUGGACAGCCCCCCCGCUGUGCCUCCUCGCCAGCCCACCUGUAAGCUCCUCCCCCCUCGUUACUCAUCGCUGUCCUCGUCUCCCCCUGACAGCCCCCCCUUGCUGCCUCCCCGAGAGCCUCUCAGUUCCCCCCUGCACCUCCUCCCUCCCCCACAGGGGCGCUCUCGCUGCGACGUCUUGUCCCAGGCCUUCUUCCCCUCCUCCUCCUCCUCUUCAUCUCUGAGCUCCACCCCCGCACCCUUGUCUUCUUCACCGCCGCUCACCCCCACAGGAAGGAAGAUGCCCUUCCCCUCCCCACCUCUAGAUGGCCCCCCGGUGCCGCCCCGCCACAGCGUCCCCAAACUGCCCCCCAAGACGUACAAGAGGGAGUCUCUGAGCAACGCGCCCCCUGCUGGACACGCCCCCUGCUCUGCGGUUGGACAUCUUGUGAAAGAGGCGGAGCUGGAAACACUAUAGUUGAUUGGACGAACAAAGAAGGUUCUGACCCAUCAGAACCAAGCUGAAACUGGAUCCAGAUGGUCUCUUUUUCCUGUCCUGGAAGCUCGUGGUCAUUUCAUUUUUGGUCCUCAUCUGGGAGCUGUGGGAACCGGAUCAGAACCAGUUGCACGUGUUGAGAACUGAUUGGACCCGAGGCUAAAGUGGCUGCGGGAACUGUGGUCCGCAGCCUGCAGGUACUGGUCCAGAACCUGAGGUACUGAUGCUGGUUCUGGUGACAUGAUGUUUGUUUUUGUUUGUUGUUGUAAACAAAGGGAAUAAAUGUUUCUGCCUCCGA